UAUAAUUUGCAAAUAUGAUUUUAGGUAGCUUCAAAAAAUCAGAAACACCAUGAGUUGGUGGGAAGCAGCAGGGUUUUCCAACCUUGCCCAACAGGCUCUGAAGACUGCUCAGAAGAAAAUUGACAAGGUGCUUGAUAUACAGGAAGAAGAUGGAGAAUUAGAUGACACAAAGGGUCUUGCAUCAUCUCCAAAAAAGGCAUCUUCUCAGUCCAAGAAAACUAGUCAAGAAGAUAAUUUUUGGAACAGUUGGUCCAGCUCCACUAUUUCACAGAAAACUGAAAACAAGGACUCGGACAAAAAAUCCCAGCAGUGGAAACAAUGGAACUGGUGGAAAGAUGAUAAGGAUAGCGCUGGUAAAUUUGACAGUCAUCAGACAAGCUCUGAGUCUGUCAUAGAGGAAGAACAGAAAUCAGAAAGCCUUGAAAACUUAAGUGAAGCUUCAUCCCCAACGUCACUUUCUGUUGGACCUAAGUCACCAACAAGAAAGAGUACUGCUUUAAAGCUGGGGGCUAAAAAGAAAGCACAAUAUGCUAAAAGCCAGGUGCAACAGAGUGACGGCACAAGUUCUGUAUCUAUGGAACAGGUAAAUGCUGCAGAGGAAAUGUUGAAUUUUGUUGAUUCUGGAAAGGAAACCCUGUCAGAGACUACAGAAACUGAGAAAAGAACAGAUGAAAUCACAGAACACAAACAAAGUGUGAUUGCUGCAGAGGCAAACAAUGAGUUAGCUGAAGUACCUGCAAAGCCUCAGCAGAUAGGCGAGUGGAUGGAUAAGUGCUUAGAUUACACUGACAGUACAAGUGAAAAUGAUGUGAAAAAAUCAGUUGAAAAUUUUGAAGAUGCUACUGAUGUGACAGAGGAAAAGAAUGUGAGUGAGGAAAAAAUAGGGGAGUCUGAUGGUCCAUCAGAAAAUAUUGAAGGUGUUAAUUUUGGUGAAAAUGUAAUAGUGGGUGCUUUAAAGACUGAUACACAUGUAGGAAGCAAUGAAGAAUUGCACACAGCUCAAGAAGAAAAGAUAGACAUUGGUUUCUCUGAAACUUUACCAAUUGAUCAGAGUGAUGAUCAGAAUGAAGUGAAAGACAGUGGUGAUGUAUCAAACACUGAUGCCAUGGCACAGGCUGCUUCAGAAAUACUGGAGACUAAUCAGGAGAAAGAUAAGGAACAAGAAUUUUUAAUGGAAGACAUCUCAGUAAAUGACCAGAUACCACAAGAAGAUGAGCCCAAGAAAGAUAACACAGAAAUGGAUUCCAACAGAGACACUGCAGGAGCAGGAAAUGCUCUAUGUGUAGAUAAAGCAGAGGAGAAGAGUGUACUAAAGAGUGAAUCUGCCUCUGAGACUGUUGAUGUGGAAAAGGUAACUGAGUCUUCAGUUGUGAAAGAGGAUAGUUUAACAAACAACGGACUGGAGAGUAUUUUAAGAGAUCAUUCCACAAGCUCUGUAUCGACAAGUAGCGAUACAUCAAGCACCAUCACUGUUUAUCACAAUAAUGAACAGAAAGAUUCCUCAGACAGUAGUAAUAGCAUUUUUUCUGAUGUCACGUAUAUUAAAGUAAAGGAAACUGAAGAAAGUAUCUGUGGGAGUGACGGCAUGGUUAAGGGUGCUGCUGAAAAGGAAGGAGAUAUUCCAAGUGUUGAAAAGGAGGUGAACUUCCCAGAAGGAGAAAGUUCCAAAUUGGAAGAAAAUCAGAAAGCAGAAUUGGAUACAUCAGAGGACACAGUUACUGUGGAAAAUUUGUCCAUUUCUGAAACUAAAAAUGAGAGUGUACCUGUAGAUUGUGAAGAAAGUGAUAAGCAAACCGAGGCUACCACAAUGGCACAGUCUAUGGUGUCAUCUUCUAGUAGUUCUUCCUUUGUUAAAUGUAUGAUUGAUGAUGCAAUGGCAGAGAGCACCAAAACAGAGGAUUUGGAAUCACCAUUGUCCAGUGAAAAGUCUGACCUUGUGAAAGUAGAAUCCAGUCAGAAUAGUGGGCAUACUUCUGGGGAUGAAAUGGAUACCACUAAUUCUUCAGACAUUGAAAUCUUGUCCAUACCCACACCCAACGGAGAUGGAAAGGAAAAACCAUUUGAUUUGUCCCCACUGCGACAAGCUUUGAGCAGAAGUGUGAGAAGCAUGGUUCCUGGACAUCGCCGCAAUGACAGCCAUGACAGUUGUAGCUCUAAUGACAGACAGAGCCCAGAAAAUCUAGACAGGCUGGAUUUGCUGGCAGGCAAGAACCCUGACAGAAGACAUGCUUCAAGUAAAGGCUUUUCAUCAGAUGAAAGUGAAGAUCCUUAUCAUCCUCAAAAGCUUUUAAAGUCAAUAGACCCUAACCUUCCCAAUGCUGAACUGGCCAAGAAACUAGCUGAAACUGCAGAAAUUUUAGAAGCAAGAGAGAACAAGCUGCUUCAGCAAAGCAAGGAAAACAUGGACCUGUCAGAAGAAAAUUCUAUUUUGAGAAACCAACUACAACAAAUGCAGAAAUCUCAUGAAGAGGAGUUGACAGAUGUGACAACACUGUCAGAAGAGUUUGGACACAGACUCACUGAAAUGGAAAAGAAGCUGCAGGCAGCUUAUAAGGAAAGAGACAAUAUGAAGAGGCAGUUGACAUCAGCUGAAGAGGAGCUGAAGAAAAAGAUCCGUGACCGUCAGACAAUACAGUUAAUGAAGGAGAAGGAUGAGCAAAUUGCUGAGCUGUUGGAGGAGGGUGAAAAAUUAUCAAAACAACAGCUUCAGAGCAAUAAUAUCAUCAAGAAGCUGAGAGCCAAAGAAAAAGAGAGUGAGAGCUUGAUUAAGUCAAAAAAGCAAAAAGUUGAAGAGCAAGCAAAUGAGAUAUCUCAUCUUAAAGAAGUGCUAGAUUCUAAAGAAGUUUUGGAAAAGAAACAGACAGAUGCAAUCAAUCAACUGAAUGCAGCAGUUCAGAAGCAGGAAAAAGAGAUUUGGAAAUUAAAG